CAAUCCUGCCGCACCAAGCAGCAGGUCCAAGCAGAGCUGGCUUCUUUGUGGCUGCUUGAUGGAAGCAUGAAGGCUGAUCUUGUGAAGCUGCAGAAGCAGAGCUAUGCAGCCAUUGACAAAUACACGAGCACUCAUCGACUGCAAGAGGAUUGUCAGGCCACUUUGAACAAGGCACGGGACACUGCAGUGCGAAUCCAACCUUCUAUGGUCACCGCAAUGGGCACGGCUGAGUUUGCUGGUUGGCAAGGAUUGAAAAAGGUGCUGAUGGACACUGACUGAUCCAGUCGUUGGAGAGUACAUGGGAAUGCUUAUUGACCACUUACAAGUGCCAGACUCCCUGACCGUUGCUGUGGGUGCAGCACUCGGCAAAACGCUGUUUACUCACCUCGUGCAAAGCUGCUCGGCUGCGACAGUCCUCCUGCGCAAGUUCUAUGCCUUGAAGGUGCGAGGAUCCCUUGGCUUUCAGGCAUUGGACAAGACGACUGUGCAUGAUCAGUACCCAGCACCAAAAGGACCUGACGUAAGGCGCCUGCUUGACCUGGUGGACUGCACAAACUCCGACCUGGCUCCUCUGCUGCCACACUGGCUGGGCAAGUGGCUGCUCUGCUCCAGCUUGGAGGUUGCUCAAGAGGCAAGCCGCUUGUACAAGGCCAACUGCGUCACACUCGAAGGAGACAUAGUAUACAUCAGAGGUGCCAUUACAGGUGGCUACCGUGAUCCGAAGAAAAAUUUGUUUUCUGUGUACCAGGAGUUUUGCCGGCUUUCUGACGUGCUUCAGUCGGCCGAAGCCUCACUGAGCAAUAUGUCUGCUGCAUCUCGGAGUCUAGCUACUGAAUCUACAAAACUGCUUGACAAAAUUCGAACACUGGAGCUGAAAAUCAUGCGGAACACGAGCGCCAUGUCAAACCUUGAAUCAAAACUGACUUCUCUUCAGUCCUGCCUGUCUCAGAUCGAAGAUGGCAUUCAAGGAAAGGAGAAAGCAUUGCACCAACGCCAGCGUCUGGCCGACAGCUACACUCACCAGAGAAUGACCCUGAUGAAAGAGCACUCAUCUGCACGCACGGAGCACCUCACACCUGGCACUGAGCAGCAGCUGUGCGACAACACACGCAUGCUCCAGGCACUUCGCAACAAGCUCCGGGCAGUCACCGCCGAGAAAAUGCAGCUUCUUCACCAGAAAAACAAUCAGGAAUCCUUGCUGAACAACUGCCUGUCACCUGGCCUCGAGAGCUUGAAAAAAGAAAAGCAAUCCCUUGAAGACAAGAAAGCAACUCUGGAAAGGGAGCUUGAGCUGUCAAAGACAAGACUGGCUGCUUUGUAUGAAACAACAAAGGCAUUAGAGAACAAUAUUGCAGAGCUUGAGAACAAUUCCGAUGCUGCCUCUCGGAUUUAUCACCUGGAGCAAACUGUUCAAGAAAUGUCUGAAGAGAAAGCACGCAGUGGGGAAGACUUGGAAGCUGCAUCCAAAGAAAUGGAGCUCCUCACCCUGAAGAGGUCAAAUGCACUGGCUACGUUGGACGAAAAUAAGAAGAAAUCCUGCAUGUUUGGCACUGUUUCUAAGAAUUUGAGCAGAUACCGCAGCAUGGGGCAGUCGGAGCUUGACCAUGAACGGCAGCGCCUGCAACAGAGGCUCGACAAGAUGAAUCCACCUGACCUCUUGGCUGGCAGAUUCCUAGAGCAGGCCUUGGCAAAGCUGAACUAUGUACGCAGUCAUCUCAUCGACAUGGACAUGACCCGUAGAAAAGCGGCAGAAAUGACGGACAACCAGAAGGAGCUACAGUUUGGCAACAUUGAAUUUACCCUGAAACAAGUAUGCAAACACUUUGUGGACUUCUUCAAGAGAUUUGAGCCUCAUGGCCAUGCAAAGGUGGUGAUCAACACUGAAAAUGGAAAUGAUCAAGGACAGGACCAACCUGAGAGGCAGCGGACAUGCACAGGCAUUGAGUUUCAGGCAUCCUUCAGCUCGCACCACAUUCUCCAGUCUGUGGAGUGCUUGUCUGGGGGCCAGCAGACUGUGGUGGCCCUGUGUUUCAUUCUGGCCCUCCAGAAGUGCGAUCCUGCACCUUUCUACAUCUUCGACGAAGUGGACGCCUGCUUAGAUGCACAGCAUCGGCAGUGUCUUGCUGACAUCCUUGAGGAGCUGAGCUCCCAAAGCCAGUUUAUCUGCACAACCUUCAGGCCUGAGCUCACGAUGAAAGGCAAAAUUUUCAAAGUCACCCAUCGUGAAGGAACCAGCAGCAUCACAGAAACAACACAACAGGAAGCCCUGCGUAUAGUCCAGGCCACACAAGCCUUUUGAAAGUCACCCAAAGCAUGCAUCGAUCAGAUAGUCACAUUCUAGUCAUCUUUGUUGGUACUUGUUGAUCUGCCAUCACUACUCUCUUUUCAGCUGUCUAUGCCUUCACAUAAGCUUUGUGCCUUGCUUUUUUUGUGUCGCCAUCUAUGUUGUGGCAGGUAUGACAUAGUGCAUGCUCUGUAAGGAGCAUAUAUACAUAUAUUUAUCUUAUUCUUUAAUGACACAUCAGAGAGCUUUCCAGCAUGUUUGUCUAUGUUGCUAUUCAACUUCUUAUUUAUUUCAUAGAAAUAUUUAGUGGCACAUUUUGGACGACUGCACUAAUUGCAGGACCUUUUUCAUGCUUCUUUAGGUACUUAUAUUUAUUUUUUUCUGUUGUUUGUUCAUAUUUUGCAAAAGCGUUAUAUAUUUUAGUUUAUUGGUAGCAUUUUCUGGCAAUGAUAUUGUUAGCAUUUUUUCUGACAACUACCCAGUGGGUAUGCUUUCCAAUAUAUAUUUGUUCAUUGUUCGCAUUUUAAUUGUUUCUGACAACUACCCAGUGGGUAUGCUUUUCAAUAUAUAUUUGUUUAUUGUUAGCAUUUUAAUUGUUUCUGACAACUACCCAAUGGGUAUGCUUUCCCAAUAAAAAAAUUGUU